CAGGGGGGACAAAACAAAAAUGUGUGUCCCUGGCUGAAGCAGUGUUUUUUCCGCCCUGCCCUUGAGUAUCACUGCGAGAGAGCAACUUUUAAAUGGACUGUGAAAUCAGUGUGAGCUGACUGACGGCCGCUCUUACAGUCUGAACAGAAGCAGAGGAUGGAUGGAAACAUUUGGCCAACUGCUGUCCUGUCAGUGGUCCUGCUGCUGACCGCCGACCUGUUGCCUUACUCUGCUGCUGCUUUUCAGGAGCCUUACGACCUUUUAUACAACAACGCGGUCCAGGCGUUUUACAGCGGCGACGACACCAAUGUGGUGCGCUACAUGGAGGCAGCGCUGAGAAGCCACGCAGAGCUGCGGCACACCAGAGUGCGCUGCCGGUUGCGGUGCCAGGACCAGCAUCAGUUUGACGAGACCUUCUCGGACCUGCGCUUCUUCGACGUGGUGCUCCGCAGAGCUGCGUGUAUGAACCAGUGCAUCGAGGAGAAAGUUGGCUCACAGUCCGUGCACAAAGUCAGCGAGGAUGUGGCACAGGACUUUAAAAGGAGGAUUCCCUACAACUAUCUCCAAAUGGCUUAUCAGAAGUUGAAGUUACCUGAAAAGGCAGCAGCGGCAGCUCAUACCUUUUUCCUGGCUAAUCCAGAACAUGUGGAGAUGGGUCAGAACCUGGAGCAGUACAAAAACCAGCAAGAUGUGGAUGAAAACUAUUUUGUAGACCAAGAAGCCCGGCCUCACCAGCGCUCCUUUGCAGAAGCAGUGAGGUUGUAUGACACGGGCGACUAUUUGGGUGCCAUCACUCUGUUUGAGGAGGCUCUGGUGGAGUACUAUAAAGCUGAUGUGGACUGUCGGGCUCUCUGUCAAGGACCACAGAAAUUUGAGGACCAAGAUCACCUCCGCUAUCGUUACAGCCUCCAUGAAGUCAUAUCAGAUCAUUUCACUCAGGUGCUGCACUGCGAACAUGAAUGUGUCAGAGACCUCGCCACUCGACCAGGGCGCCUCUCAACCAUGGAGAACUACUUGCCCCUGCAUUAUGAUUACCUUCAGUUUGCCUACUUCCAGUUGGAUAUGCUGGAGGAGGCACUGGAGUGUGCUCUGACCUACCUUUUGUUCCACGAGGCAGAGGAGUUCAUGAUGGACAACGUUGAUUACUACAGAGAGAUGCUGGGAUAUAACGGCAAACCACGAGAGAAAGCAGCUUGGUACCUGCGGAGGCAUAAACAGGAGCUGGAGCUGCUUCUCAUUGGCAGCGAAACAAUGGGAGUGGAAUUUACUGAAGGGAAUUACUGGAGCAGCACAGGUGGAAGAAACAACACAAACAGGAUUCCCUCCAGCACAGACGGCUGGAUGGAAUAUGUUCCCAUCUCAGACAAGAGGGACGUCAGUGUUGUUGUUCCACACAAAGUCAGCGAAGGCGGCUCCUUGUUGUAUGACCGUGUGCAGCUGGUGCAGAACUCUGCAGCCUUAAACGGGACCCAGCGGGUGCUGCUGGAUCAAGUCAUAUCUGAGGACGAGUGCACAGAGCUCAGACAUUUGGCACACGUUGUUACCAUGGGUGGAGACGGUUACAGGGGGAGGAUGUCUCCACAUACACCCAAUGAAAAAUUUGAAGGAGCCACUGUACUCAAAACCCUGCAGUAUGGCUACGAGGGCAGAGUCCCCAUGAGGAGCGCUCAACUCUUCUAUCAAGUCAGUGAGCGAGCGAGGCGCAUCGUCGAGUCCUACUUCCUUCUGAACUCCACCCUGCACUUCUCCUACACACACCUUGUGUGCAGAACAGCCAUCACAGGCCAACAAGACCACAGGAAUGACCUAAGUCAUCCCAUUCAUGCUGACAACUGUCUGCUGGACCCUGAUGCCAAUGUGUGUUGGAAGGAGCCACCAGCAUACACCUACAGAGACUACAGUGCACUCUUAUAUCUAAAUGGAAACUUCGAAGGAGGGGAGUUCAUAUUCACAGAAAUGGAUGCCAAAACAGUCACAGCAUCGGUGAAGCCCAAGUGUGGAAGAAUGGUAGGUUUCUCAUCCGGAGGUGAAAACCCACAUGGCGUGAAAGCCAUCACCAGUGGGCAGAGGUGUGCCGUGGCUAUGUGGUUCACCCUGGAUCCACUCUACAGAGAACUGGAAAGACUACAGGCAGACGAGGUGAUCCAGGCACUGGACACACAGUCUGUGUGGGGUCAGGGCCUCAACAUCAACCCUAAAGAUGAACUGUAGAAGCAGAAAAAGUGCCCUCAAAAAACAUUCUAAACUGUAUAUUUUAACUAUUUAUUGUUUGACCUUUGCAUCAGGACAUUUUUAUCUUUAUACAAGUUGAAGUGUGAGAUCAGUAUUUUAUUGUUUGUGUUGUGUCCCUCGUAUGUUGUUUGUUUUUUAUUCACUGUUUCUCUACAUACCAGUACUUGAGUUUACUGAAUUUUGUCAUUCUUGUCAGUGACGGACUUCAGUUAAGAAAACACCACAUUCACCUUGUUUUUGCUUUGUUCCUUUUUUCAAAAUGCUCUGAACAAACAAAAAUGAAUUACUCUAGUUCCGCUGGUGAGUAGUUCAAAAAUCAUAUUAGAUUCCAUCCCUGUUAAUGGUAUUGUUACAUAAUGCUAUUAUUUCUUUCUGCGCCAGUAAUUAUUAUUUUUUAAGUACUCAGUGCACUGUUUUUUUGUUUUUUAUUUGGGUAUCUGAAGCUCAAAUAGUACUCAUUCAAAAAAAAUAUAUAUAUUUUUGAGAUGUUUUAUUUUUGCUGAAUAUUUAAUGAUCAUGCACUCUGUCCUUUUGUGUGUCACACCUGAAACUGUCUUCUGCACUACUUUUGUCCACCUUUUCCUCUCGUGAUCAAUCACUCCCUCCUCCUCCUCCUCUUCUCAGAGCACACAGAGCAGAAUACAGGUUUACAUGUUCACUGACAUGAGGGUGUGGCGUGUGCAUGCGUGUGUGUGUGUGUGCGUGCGUGUGUGCGUGCAUGUGUGCAUAGGUUACUUUUAUUUAUUUGUUUUCACCAACACAAGGCUGCUGUUCUAACUGUCUACAUUUAAUAUGAGAAACUUUUUUUCAUAAAAGAUGUAAAUCGUUCCUGUUUCAAGGAAUACAUUAUCUGAAAGGUCUUUAGUGUCUUUAUAUUUUAUAUUUGUGUCAAUGAGUCAGAUGAUCGGUGGAGUCGUGCACUGUAAAUCCAGUGGAAAGAAACGCAAAGAGUAACUAUUAAUUAUUAUUUUUUUCUAGCUAGAAACCAGACACUUAAUCCUGUUGUUUUGUAAGCUAGACAACGUAUUAUUCCCUGAUAUUUUUGAAAACUCUGGCACUAAAAAAUGUAUGUGUCCAUGCCCAUAAAUUAAAAAAUGAUCUACCCCCCCAUCUAUA